UAAAGAUAGUCACGCGUGAGUGACUACACAGGUAAAUGUGUCCUCUGAUUCACACCUGUGCCUCAUCUCUAUAUGCUGAUGUCUCCGGUAUAACUUAGUCAUUACACUACAGCAAACCAAGAUGGCCUCCUUUAAGAAGUUUUCUGCGCUCGCUCUGAUUGCCAUAGCCCUGUUGAUUGUUGGCGGAAUCCUCCAUAUCAUCGCCCUGGCCACGCCUUACUGGCAUUUCACCUACGAGGCCACCUUCGGCAGGGUGGGGCACUAUGGACUGUGGGUGGGGUGUAAAUACUUCCUUACCGCCGUCUCGUGUUCCAGCGAAUAUAUCAAUCCACCAGCCUGGCUGGAGGGUGUACGUGCUAUGGACGUGCUCGGCAUGUUACUAGGAACAACAUCACUAGUUCUCAUGGGAUUGUACACAUUUGCACCAAGUGGAAAGUGGACCACAACGUACAAAGUGUCGUCUGUCGUCACAACUCUCGUGGCUGGCUUAUUUGUUCUCAUCGGCGCUAUAAUAUAUGGAGUGAGUAUUGUGAACGGGACAGAUCUCAUAUCGGCCUUUCCUUACAACUCCGGUGGACUGUUCCUCAACGGCGUGUACACCCAUGACCUAUCCUGGUCCUUCGGGAUCAGUAUCACCGCCGCCAUUUUGUGUGUUCUUAGUGGAAUCGUCAUGGGCUUCGCAGGCAAGCGUAACUGAUGAUUUGAUUGGUAGAAAUAGUGAAUACUGUAAUAGACAAUAAUUAAGUGGUGCUGUAUUUACUGAUGACAGUAAGCUAUUUCGUGAAAGGAUGAUCAGUGGUAACAAAUUGUCUUUAUUGCGUGUGCUGUGAAUAGAAUAUCAAUAUUUUAACUUAUUUGUAAGCAGACACAGUUUUGGUUGUGUGAUACACAGGACAGGAAGUGGAAUUAUGGAUACACAGCCGUAAUCAACACGUAAUACAAAGAUAUACACGUAGGUAAAGAAGAGGCCAUUGUCAGCUUUCAUACGUAUAUUGUUGAACCUUUCGACAUUCCAAAGAAUCGUCUAAAAGCAAGACUGCACUGUGCUGGAGUGAAAUGGUGUCCUCUGUUAGGUGCGAGUAAUUGGUAGUAUGUAUGUUUAGUCUAGGAAACUGAUCUUCACGUUUAACUUUGAGUUCAGGAUUCAGUAGAAUGCUGUUAAUGUCUUCCCGACACUUGACAAAAUACUCAUUCAUAGCAGUUUGUGGUGCAGAAACCUUUUCAGUGUGUCCGGUGUUGCGUUUUCAUUCGUAACCGUUUAAAGCGCGAUGUCCUAAUGUUAUGGACAAAGGUCACAAUUAAAAGUGCCACACCGGCUGGCUUAUGUAGAAUCUUUUACUCCCCGUGAUAUAUAUGAGACAGAGGAUCUACGAGAAUCUCACCUCGGUAAAAGUGUGAAUACACUACUUCGGGGAAAGAUAAUGGAGUCUUUCAUUAUACGAUGACGUUGUCUUCGUUACAUUGUUUGCAUGUUAAAUGUACUUUUGAGUUCGGGUUUACUUCCUUGUGUUUUGGAUAGCGUUCGCUAUUAUAAGUAUAAUUUUGAUUACACUUACUGUUUCUCGUGAUAUAACAUUGGAUUACGUCCAUUUUUCUGUAUUGAACUUAUUUCGGAAUCUAUUAAGACUAAUUUUUCUGUAUUGAACUUAUUUCGGAAUCUAUUAAGACUAGGCCAUCUUAGUCAUUAUGUUCCGCCCGUCGUUGUGCGCCGUACGUAAACUUUUUACAUUCAAAACGCUACUCCUCCUUAACGCCAAAGCGAAUUUCAGCUAAAUUUUGUGACCCCUUGGAAUCGAGGGGCGUGUCCUUGCUGUAAGUCUUUGUCAGGUGACCGUUUAGGCCCAUGGACCUCUUGUUUAUCACAAUUUUUAAUUUUGCACCCAAUUCGACAUAAGGUUUUAUGAAUACUAUUGGAGUCCUGACGCUGUAUUUCUGUUUUCUAAACUCACUUGGUUAAUAAUAAAAUUAAAAGGGAGGUCUUCACUUCAACUCCGAGUGUUGAAGUUUACCUUGUUUAUCACGCCUUCCCUUUCACACUCCAGCAUACAGUAUCAUGUAUAUCUUGUAAUUAGACAUUCACUAGUUACCAAAUAAACAUCUAGAUAUUACCCAAACCUGUUAUAAAUACAAAAGAUAUUCCAACCAUGAGCUGAUUUCUGACACCCUGUUUAUUUGUUUUUGUUUUACUUAUGAUACCAGAAUCUUAAAUAACUUUCCCAUCCCUCUAUACAUUUAUAGUGUCCUUGACCCGCACAUGGCUAUUUAUAUCAUUAUUACUUUGCUUAAAAUAUCUGUAUAUAUUGUAAUCAAAAUGAUUUUAUAAGAAUUCUAUAAGUGUUAUAUCUGGAAGUUACAGAAUUAUCAGGUGAACUUGUUUAUAAACAUUGAAACCAUAUAUUUGUUACAUGUCAUUUCAUUUUAUUGUAAGGAAAGGAAAACACUGUUCGUCAUUGUGGCAUUAUAGACCUCAGUGUUCGUCACUUCCGCUUUACAGUCAAGCGUUUUAGUGUUGCAAUGAUGAUUAUGUGCCAGUAUUUAUUUCUAAAGAUGUGUUAUUAAAAUAAAGCAUGUUUAAAUAUA